UCUCUCUCUCUCUCUCUCUCUCCCCCCUCUCUUUCUCUCUCCACUUUCAUUUUCUCAUUGCAAAGUUAGGGUUUUGAAAUGUGGAGGGAGAAUGGAGCCCUCUGAAGAAAUCUCCGUCCCUGUAAACCCCUCCGAACAGCACCAAGGCGACGCCGACCUAGUGCCUCACCAUUCCCCGUCUUCUCCGAAUGCCAAUCCCGAUCCUGCAACUUCCGAUCUCGAACCCGCGGGGGCGGCCGAGGACACCGGAGGACUGCACGAUGAGCUCCGGAGUUUGGAUUUGAAGGAGCGCGAAGAGGCCCCGAGAUCGGAUUCGGAAGAUAAGGAAGAAGAAGGUGAGAAGGAGGGGGAUUUGGGCGGAGGAGAGAAUGACUGGAUUGGAGAAAUCGGGAACCAGGAAGAGGCCGAUAAAGCGGAGAAUGAUUGGAUUGGAGAAAUCGGGAACCAAGACGAGGCGGAGAAAGCGGAGAAUGAUUGGAUUGGAGAAAUCGGGGAGAAUGAUUGGAUUGGAGAAAUCGGGAACCAAGGCGAGGCCGAGAAAGCGGAGAAUCAUUGGAGCGACAAUGGCGAAAAAGGAGAAGAGAACGAGAACAAGAAUGGGAAUGAGACUGAGAAUGAUGAUGGAGUGAACAAUGGCGGUGGUGAAGCGGAAGCGGAGAAGAACGGCGGCGGCGGUAGAAAGUACCAGUAUCCUGUGAGGCCCGAGGCUGAAGAUUGUUCCUUUUACCUCAAGACUGGAAAUUGCAAGUUUGGAUCCAAUUGCAAGUUCAACCAUCCGGUUAGAAGGAAGAAUAACCAGGCUUCUAAGGAGAAGGCAAAGGAAUGGGAAGAAUCAACAGAGAAGCCUGGCCAGUCAGAAUGCAAGUAUUAUUUAAGAUCAGGGGGAUGUAAAUUUGGAAAAGCUUGUAAAUAUAACCACAGCAGAGGAAAGACUUCUGUUGCACCAGCUGCGGAGCUUAACUUUGUCGGUCUGCCAAUCCGAGUGGGGGAGAAAGAAUGCCCCUAUUACAUGCGAACUGGCUCCUGCAAGUAUGGAACAAACUGCAGAUUUAAUCACCCUGAUCCCACAGAUGCAGCCGGGGAGACUUCUGCAGGAUUCGGUAAUGGUGGACCAGUUCCAUUUCAAGGUGCGGCACAGUCAACUAUACCUUCUUGGUCUGCACCAAGACACCCAUUGAAUGAGCCAGCUCCAGCUCCCUUUGUGCCAAUGAUGAUUCCACCAAAUCAAGGGGUUCCUUCCCAAAGUGCGGAAUGGAAUGGAUACCAGGCCCCAGUAUAUCUACCAGAUAGGAACUUGCCUCCACCUCUUGCAUAUGUCAUGAACAACCCAGCGACUGAAACCAAUAACUAUCCGCAUCAUGCACAGAAACAAGUUGACGAAUACCCGGAACGACCUGGCCAACCUGAGUGCAAUUACUUCUUAAAAACGGGGGAUUGCAAGUUCAAAUCCAACUGCAAAUAUCACCAUCCAAAGAAAAGGACUUCAGUGUCACCCCCAUGUGCUCUUAGCGACAAGGGCUUGCCUUUGAGACCGGAUCAGAAUGCCUGCACGUAUUACAGUCGCUAUGGUAUAUGCAAAUUCGGACCGGGUUGUAAGUAUGAUCACUCAGUACAGCCAAAUUCAGCUGUAUCUGGAGUAGAAAAUCAACCUCCUUACAGUAGCUCAGCAACCAUGGAAGGAUCUGGAAUAGCUAGGAGUGGAAACAGAAGUGAGACGACAAUUCAGCAGUUGGUGUAAUGAGUUUCUACACAAAAUUGCUGGCUAGGUUUUAGCGUUACCAAGGAUUGUAAUUUCCUCUUUUUAACUUCAUUUUUUUUUUCUUUUAAUAAACUGUUCUAGUCCAACUGCCACAAGCUUUUCAAAAGGAUGGCACUUUUAAGUUUUAAGUUUAUAUGUCCAGUGUUAAGUUGUUAAAA